AAAUGAAUAGGACGUUAGUUGCGAACAGGAAGAUACAAACCGACAUUGGGCGUAGCAUCAAAUAAUUCUUUUUUGGCCAUUCGCCAUCGUGAAAGAUUUGACUUCCGGGCUCCGUUCUUUUCAGUCGUCCUUGAAAUGCGCUUUGAGCUACUUCAAAUUUGAAAAGAUUUGAUUCCCUUUCGUUGCUAAUAAUAACAAAAAGAGGAAAGAAGAAAAAGAAAGACAGUAUGGAGAAUCUUGAUAAUUUGGAUAGCGAUAUAUUGCUCGAGUUUUACAUAAAGUUAAGUACUCAUUGAUGUGAAUGUAUCCUCAUCGAUUAAUAAGGAACGAUUAGGGAGGGAGUAAAAUGAUUUUUUGUUAACUGACUCAUUUAUAUCCAAAAGGAAGUCCAAUCUUAUCGUAAUCUUUAGGAUUUUUGCUAAUUGCAAAUGACAGGAACAAAUAUUGAGAAAAAAUCUAGUAUUUGUGCGAGUGGGAUGUGGUACGUGCGAAAAGAAGUCUAUCACGUGGUCAGGCGCGUGCGGUUGGAUCAACAUUGAAGAUCAUUUUUUAAUUUUAAAACAUUUGCAUAUCGUCUAAACUUGACAAAUGCUUGUAUUUACGUAGGAAAAUAAAUUAUUUUCCUUCCUCGCUAAUUGUAUUUCUAAUUGCAGAAUUCUAGCCAUACGUUUGGACGUUUAUCGAAAUAACUUAUUUUGCGCAUAUAAAUAAUUUGUGAAAAUUUCUAGAUAAAAAUGUUAAUAAAUUUAUUCGAGUCCAUCUUAAAAGUGGUGGUUAAUCGCUUAAACGAGAAACUCUUUUUAAAUGUCAAACCCUGCACAAGCUGCUGCAAUAUCUUUGCCAUUUCGAAUAUGAAUACGAAAUAUUUGCUUAACCAAAGUCCGAUCGCAGCUGCCGCUUGUUUAUGUCCCUCGGCAAUUUAGAUAUAUUUCACCGGAUGACACGAUUCCGCGCAAUUUUAAUGAAAGUAGAAAUGAGGAAAGAUUUUGCGAAUCGAGUGUAUCAUACGUCUCGUAUGAUAUACGUAACCCCAUCGCGUUAUCACGAAAUCCAAAACAUUUAUCAUUAUUUCAUUGCUAAACAAUAAAGAAAAAACAUGUAUCGUCAUGUACGAUUUAACGAAUUUUUUCUUCACGAGUUACAUGAUUUUUCAUGUACGUCCAUCAGAAAUGACCAUUUUGUACAUGGAUAUUGGAGAGGAUAUGGGUGUUCCCGACGAUUUCACGAACAGUGAAAUGGUGUCAGGAAUGUGGUGGCGACAUUUGUUAGCAGGUGGUAUAGCUGGAGGAGUUUCACGAACAUGUACAGCACCUUUGGAUAGAAUCAAAGUUUACCUGCAGGUUCAUGGGACGCGACAUUGUAACAUUUCCAGUUGCUUCAGGUAUAUGUUACGCGAAGGUGGAAUUACAAGUUUGUGGAGAGGGAAUGGUAUAAAUGUACUUAAAAUCGGACCAGAGACUGCCCUAAAGUUCAUGGCCUAUGAACAAGUAAAGAGAGCUAUCAAAGGCAAUGAUACGAGAGAACUUGGACUCUAUGAGAGAUUCAUGGCUGGAUCUAUGGCUGGUGGUAUUAGUCAGUCGGCUAUAUAUCCUCUAGAGGUACUCAAGACGAGACUAGCCCUCCGUAAAACAGGUGAAUUUUCGAGCAUAAUCGAUGCAGCGAAAAAGAUAUAUAAGCAAGGUGGUUGGAAAUCUUUUUAUAGAGGCUAUAUUCCCAAUUUAAUAGGGAUUCUUCCGUACGCUGGAAUUGAUUUGGCUGUGUACGAAACACUAAAAAAUAGUUAUUUACGAACGCAUAAGAAAGACGAGCAACCAGCUUUUUGGUUGCUGUUGUUGUGUGGUACGGCUUCCAGCACUGCAGGUCAAGUGUGUUCGUAUCCGUUAGCUCUAGUCAGAACGAAAUUACAAGCCGAAAUAUCAACAGGGAGUGACGCGAAUACAAUGAUUGGUGUUUUCAAAGACAUUCUCAAGAGAGAAGGUAUUCGCGGUUUAUAUCGAGGAAUAACUCCGAAUUUUCUUAAGGUAGCUCCAGCCGUAUCAAUUAGUUACGUAGUAUACGAGCAUUUCAGACAGGCACUGGGCGUUAACAUGACGUGAUAAAAAUAUACAUACUAGGAGAUAUUAAUUUAAUUAAAUUAUUCCCUAAUUAUAAUCGUGUAAGAGAUAUUACGGUAAAAGUUCAAAUGGUCAUUGGAUUUGCAUCAGUGUGCGAUUUACCGUUAUCCGUCUCUCUCUCUCUCUCUCUCUCUCUCUCUCUCUCUC